AUGCACAAAGGCCUGAGCACAGCACUUCAUGACACUUUGACUAUCUACUUAAAGCUACAGCACAAACUACAUUUCAUUCGAUGCCUCCAACUACGGAAUUACAUUCUUAAGCCUACACACAUCGCAAGUGGACCCAACAAUGAACAAAACGUAAUGAAAAUGAAGAGGCAGAAUGAAGGUGCACGUGUGGCAUCAUGUGGAUUGAUGAAGACGUAA